AGAAGAAGCAUAGAGGUCAUAAGGUGAUUUAACAUGGACAAGUUGUGAAAGUUUACAUGAGGGAAACUUUUGUUUUAAACAUGGAGCUUUUUCUUACAGCUGAUUGGUUGGGUGUUUGGGUGUUGUCAUGGAGAUGAGAGGACACGUGAACGGACAGGACAGAGAGAAGGCGGUUCGACUGGAAUAAAAGACAGAGAGAGUUUAGAGGCUGUUAUGAUGGAGAGCAGAGCGGCUGGGCAGGAUACACACUAGUGCCAGGUGGUCUAAACUAAAGCUUCCACAUUAGGACCAGUUGAUGUGAGGUCAGCAUGACUCUGGUGGUGUCUCCUCCUCAGUGAGCUCUCCUGUGCGCUCUGUGUUGUGUCUGUGUGGAUGAUGAUGAUGAUGGAGAUGGAGGUGGAGAGCUGCUGGCAGCGGCUGCUCAGACUGCUCCUCCUGCUCUUCUUCAUGACUCUCCACGGCUCCGCCAUCGAGACCGCGAACGUGGUAGACUUCUGCGGUCAGACGAUCCGGGGUGACGGCAUGAUCGUCAACUCGCACCAGGAAUCCAAGAAGUACUACUUUGUGAUCAUGGGGACCGACUGCCACCUCACCAUGCAGGCCAACUCCCCUAAAGACAAGGUCCAGUUCCACUUCCGCUUCUUCCUGGUCUACAGUUUGCUCCGCGUGGCCCCCUUGAGUCCGGCCCCUCUCUUUCCGGAAUCCCCUCGUGGCUCCGCCCCUCUCAAUCCCAGACUGGAGCCCACCUCCGGCGAAAGCUCGGGGGACCCGUGUCACGCCGGCUCGUACGUUCAGUUCUACGACGGACGGGACAGGAGCUCGCCUUCCCUCGGGCCUCCUCUUUGUGGGAAGAGCCCCCCCCGGCCGGUGUUGUCCACGGGGAACUACCUGACCCUGAGGCUGGUGACCCGGGGGACUCAGCCCAGAGUGGACUUUGUGGGGGACUUCACCUCCUUCAGACUGGGGUUUAACCAAUCAGAGUGCAGCAAUGAGCCCUAUUUCACCUGCCGAAACGGGAAGUGUGUCCCUCUCAGCCUGGUGUGUGAUGAUAAAGGCAUCGACAACUGUGGGGAUGGAAGUGACCUGGAAGAAAACCUGACUACGGGUUGUAAAGGUCAGCUGUUACCUCCUGAACCUCCACCGCCAAUAGCGACCCCACCCCCACCUUUUGUGAAUCCGCCCACAGUGCCAAUUCCUACGCGUAUCAACUGCGGCGUGCCAGACAGCGCUCCCAGUCACGAGUCUGUAACAGACUCCCCUGCCUCCCUGGCCCUGUUGGUUCUCUACAUCAUCCUGGGUGUGGUGGCAGGCAGCGUAGUGCUCUGCUGGUGCUGCUGGUCGCCUGGCUGGUUCCUGUGGCGUGUCAGCUUCUGCCGUUUCUUACCCUGCUGCAACUCGGCCUGCGCCUCCUGCCAGCUCUGCGCCCGCAGUUGCACCCACGGCAAGGAUCACCGACUGGCGAAAGUCACCCCGCACACACCAGCCAACGGGACCCCGACGGGCACGGCAGCCACCGCCAACAGCGCUGAUGAAAACGUUACCACGGCGGCUGUUUAGAGCAAAGGGACCCUCCGGUCGAUCAGUUUCGGCAUUCUGAGACGUGGGGUGUACAGUAUGCUGAUGCUGAGCUGUGAGCAGUGGUGGACAGUUACUGCUUUAGGCAACAUGACCCAAUCUUUAUAGUGAAGGUUGGACUGAUGUGGUCCACACAAUGCUGAAAUAAGCAGAGCUGAACAGUGUCGGUUAGUAUGUGGUUUGUGUGCUUUAAAUGUGAGGAUGCGGACGAUGAGACUGUUUAUGUUGUUAUAAGAAGGUAAAGCAGGGUACAGUAUGACUAUGGAUUGUGUAAAAAGUAGGAAUGUAUCUGAAAAUAUAGGAUUAAGGGUUCUUAGAAUUACUUAAGAAGCAUUUUUGUUUACAGCACGUUUCACCUGUUUUGAACUUACAGUAUCUCUGUUUUUCCUAUCUUAUUCUGUUUAAGAGGCUGCUUAAGAACUUUGACAAGUGCAGCCUUUAAUACUUGUCCAGUUUUCAGAGGACACCAUGAAGAGUGUUAAGAUGUUGGUGUGAACAGUUUUUAGUUUCUUUGUAUAUAAACUAUCUGCUCUCCCUUAGAGGUAACAGUUCGGUUGUGCCGUGAAACUACACUUCCAGUCCACAGCUUUGACCAAAAGUAUGUCAUGGACACAUGCUGAGGAAACAGAACUACAAAAGUCACCCACCUAGUGACAACAGCUGUUCUCCCUUGGAGAUAUUCCUUCAAACUUUCCACUCUCCUCCCAGCAGUCCACUGUUGUUCCACAUAUACAAGCCAACGUGGAGUUUGGACAACAGAGCACAAAGUCACUCGGUGUGUGACAGUCGACAUUUUGUAGGGAAAAACUUGUAAAUAAAUAUGAGCUUCUAACAUGCUAUUUUGUGGACAAAAUAAACGCAUAGCAAACAACAA